AUGGACCACCUGAUCUCGAAUGUUAUACCUCAUAAUAUCCCUAUUGAUCUCAAUGCUCAGCCACAUCAGUUAGAUGAAGGGGAUUUUCUAGAACUGAAUGAUUUGAUUAAUCCUGUUGACCAUCUGCCUGGGGAAAAUGUUGUGUUUGCUCUAGGUGCUCCUAAUGCUCAUGUCCAGCCACCUGCUGAUGUUGACAUGGAUCAACCUGAUGAUUUGCUUAGUGAUUUAACUGUUACCAUCAGUUCUGCUAAUACUCCGUCAGAUGAGUCUGGAGCUUCAGUGAAUGGGGUAGCUCAUCCUCAGCAGCUGCAUAUUGGGUUGGCACUUGUCCCUGAGCUACCUGUGGACCCAGUGGCAAGCAUUUCACCUUGUUAUGGAUCUGAACAAGCCUCUUUCUUCUAUUCCAAAGAAGGUACAAUUGCUUGGUCUUCAUUCUUCAAGCCUGAUGGUGCUUUGGUUAACACGCUUUUAACUCCAGAGGACUUUGACUGGGCCAAGAGCCUCCUGCAGUCCAGGAUAUGGCAGAUUGUCAGUGAAUUUGAUGUGAAUAAUCCUGCUGCUUCUAGAGCUUUUGCUCUCCCAAGGAAUUGUCCUUCUCUAGCCCCACCUGUUUGCUCUCUUUCUGUGGCAACUUUGGAGACUGAGAAGAUCAUGCUUGGGUCACCUGCUGAGGUUCCCGGCGAGGGACCGGCGAAGAGGCGUCGUGGAAGGUCGGCUAAGGUCGGCCACUUCCACGACGAGCCAGGGCUGGACCACUUCCUCAAAAUCAUCUUCAAGCCCACCUUCGGCCGCCUCAUUAUCCCUAAAGCUUUCGGAUGGUCGACCUUCGCCAUCGCCCAUCAGCUCAAGGUAGGCCAGUUCGUCACCUUCAGAAGGGUGUCCUCCUUGAAGUACAGAGUGGUCAUCUUCGACCACACCUGCACUGAGGUGGUCAGCAGGUGCCCGUACCAUGGCGAUGACAUCAGGUGCGUCGUCUCCGACCACCAUAAUGCUCACCGUCUUGCUGUGCUCAACUCUAGGUGUAGAUCAAUGUCUGAUGGAUCGGUCACAGGUCCAAUGCCUCUCCUCAACAAGAAACCUUUCUCCCUACUGGAGCCCCCAAAGGACUUGGACCCUGAGCAGACGGUUUUCCAAAUUCGCUUCACCAAGGAGAUAUUCCUAGAUUACCAAGAAUAUGUUAAGAGGCUGAACCUUUAUCGCCAGAGAGUUUGGACAUGUAAGGUGUCUGGGAAAUCCAGCUUGACUUUUGAAGAAGCUUUGGUGUCUGAGCACCAGGCGAUGGAGAAGGCUCAGAACUUACCGACAGAGAUAAUGGCUCAUGUUCUCAGGAUGACUCAGUACAGCACCCUUGGCCUAGUUGAGCUUGUCAACAAGAUAUAUGUUGCUCUCCAGGAAGAUGUAUUUGAAGGAAUAGAGUUGCAUGCUAAAAAGGAUGAUGCUGAGGCUCCCUGCAAGAUUUUGAAGAUUUUAGAUUCUGGUGACACAAAGUUGUAUGAGGUGGGCUGGAUUCGCCAAGGCAAGAGCAAGACUGUGAUCAACACGUCAGUAGUCAAAGCUACAGAUCUCAUUCGCCGCAGGGCGCCUGUUAGUAGGAAUAUUCUGAAGCUUUUGAUCCGGGAUUCAACAUCACAUGGUACCCCAUGGAUUCUACAUGAACAUCUUGCCAAGAAAUAUGGCAUAUCCAUGGAGCCCCCUAAUGACAUAAUGUAUGGUGAAGGUUUGCAAAAGAAAGGGAGGAAAAGGCAUGACUGUGUAACUACUGAAGAUGGGAGAAAGAAGUCCAAGAGAGACGAGGGACAUGCAUCUGUGCCAAUUAAGUACCCAAUAGAUGAUCUCUUAGUAAGCCCUGCUGCAGAUGAUCCUGCUUUGUUGAAGAGACCUCCUCUGGUUACAGAUUUUGGGAUACCAAGAAAUUCUGUGGGGGAUUUACUUAUGGUAUGGGACUUCUGCUUAUCUUUUGGAAGGGUUCUGAAUCUGUACCCGUUUUCACUAGCAGAUCUGGAGAAUGCAAUUUGCCACAAAGAAAGCAAUGUUCUUAUUGUGGAAAUACAUUCAGCACUGUUCCGUUUGCUUAUUGAGGAUGACAGUGAUUAUUUUACAGCUCCGCAGACCAACAAAAGGAAACCAAAGUUAAGUUCAGAAAAAUGGGCUGAAUAUCUUAGUUUUUUCUUGGAGAAGACAGAGAUUGAAGAACUCUCCUGUAACUCUGGGGCUGUAAGAAGGGGUUACUAUGGUUCUAUAGAUGUUGACAUAAAACUUAAGAUUCUCCAGGAACUAGUCGAAGAAGCUAUUGCAACUGAUGCUAUAAGAGAGAAACUAAGUGAGCGGCUGGAGCAGCAACAGGCUCUUGUUGCAACAAAAAGAGAGAUUGCCAGAAAGGAGAGAGAAGAGAAAAACAAAAACAGUAAAGAUGAGAACAAUGAUGUUGUACAAGAUGGCAACGAGUGUGUUGAUGAGCAGCGUAAGGGGAAAGAAGAAAGCGAUAAGAGAGAUGUUUCCGCAAGCAAGGCGGAAAGAAAAUUGCAUCUGGUGCGACACCUUGAAACUGAGAAGGCAAAAUUAUCCAUCCGUGCCAGCCCUCUUGGGAAAGACAGAAACUAUAAUAGGUACUGGUUUUUCAAACGUGAAGGAAGGCUUUUUGUUGAAAGUGCAGAUUGCAAAGAAUGGGGAUACUACAGCAUGAAGGAAGAGCUUGAUGUGCUCAUGAGCUCACUAAAUGUGAAAGGUAUACGAGAGAGAGCUCUCAAAGUGCAGCUGGAGAAGUUCUAUAAUAGCAUAAGCAAUGCGCUAGAGAAGCGAUUGAAAGAGAUCACUCACAAAAUAUCACUCGAGGAGGCUGUGCUGCGCCGUUCCACCCGUGUUCGAGCUCAGCCAAGGGACAGCCCUUCCAUGGCGUUCCUGAAGUACGUCAACAAAUGGAACGAACACUAAGCUAUUGGAUGACAUUGUUUGCGCUAGGAGAUUAUGAUGGCCUCGUGGGGCGUUCUCUGUGAUCUGCAUUCCCCGUGGCUGCUCCUGGAGGCUGGAGACUUGGUCACCCAGCCACCUUGGGAUCUUGGUUUGCAAGAUUGCAGAGUGCACAAUGGGAGGACUUAUUUCUGCCUCCCGCUGGAGCUAGUACUCCCUCUAGAGCUAGCAUUUGAAAUAUAUCCUUCUUAGAGCAAUGUAUCUUAGCUGUAAUAAGAGAAUAUGGUACUAGAGCAUUAGGUAGGAAUAUGUAUGCUGUUUUUUUUAUGUUAAUCUUAUAUGUCACCAGGGCACGCUUCUCUGGGUGUAAUUUUGCUUUUGGCAAAGAUCGCAAGGGAAUGCGGUAGUUUCUUUUU